AUGCCUCGUCUCUAUCACCGCUCCCAGCUUGCGCUGCACAUCAAAAGGGCCAUCUGCGCUCACCAUGUUGCUCACCCGCUGCUCCGCCAUGUAGAUCUCGCGCGUUGGUGUUUCACGCGCUUUGGGGUACGCCCCGACCGAUCCACCAUCGGUCGAGUGUUGAAGGGCGUCGUACGAUGGCGCAUCCCGGACGACGCUGUUGACGCUAUUCGUGUGCGUGGCGGCGCGUACCCAGACAUGGAGCGCGCAAUGGCACGUUGGAUUGCCAAUGCGGGUCCCGCUGGCGUUCCGCUGACAUUGGCCACAAUUCGCGACCAUGUCGCGACCAUGGCACGUGCGAAUGGUGUGCCAGCGACAUUUCGCGUCUCUAUUGGAUGGGUGCGGCGUGCUUUGCGCCGCCAGGGAGUAAGGUGCAUGAGCGCUGUCAGCGAAGCGGCAGACCAGGAUAUGAACGCCGUCCGCACCGCUCGGGAGAAGCUCCCGCAGCUUCUCAUGCAACUCGGCGUACGCCCGCGUGAUACGUUCAACUUCGACGAGACCGUGCUUUUCAUCUCCGUUCUGCCGCGCAAAACAUACGGCACCGGCAGGUCGGCGGGGCGGAAGGCGCCGAAGGAACGACUAACCGUCGUAUUCCUGGUGAACGCGGAGGGCUCGCACGCCUUUCGCCCGCUCGUCAUCUCCAAGGCGAAACGACCCCACGAUUUCCGGCCGGACUACAAUCCAGAGGAGCUAUGCUACUGGCGCAACACCGCCAAAGGUUGGAUGACUUCCUCGCUAUUCACACACUACAUCGAACAACUCGACGCUACCAUGAACGCAGAGGACCGGCACAUUGUUGUACUGCUCGACAACGCAAGCAGCCACAAUCUGACUACCGAGGGCGCCGUGACCGAAGAUCUCUUCGGGUUCCGUACGCGUGCGCUCAAGAACGUGCGCCUGGUGUUCAUGCCUCCUAACACCACCUGCUUCAUUCAGCCCCUUGACCAGGGGCUGAUUGCCAUGGCGAAGGCGCGGUACCGCCAGCAUUGGCUCCGCGCAUUCACGGGCAUGUGGACUGCCGAAGGCGCCACCUCCGCGGCAGCUAGGUUCAAGCCGAACCUCCGACUAGUGCUGGAGUGGCUCCACGACGCGUGGAUGAAUAUCCCGCGUAGCACCAUCCAGCGUUGCUGGUGGCGCACCGGUUGUCUCCCGCGCGCCUGGGCGAUGGAACUCCCGCACGUGGAGCCAGGAGUUGGCGGGGGCCCCACGGCCGGAGGUGACAUCGGCCUGGACGAUGAUGUCAACGACGUCGGUAGCCUGAUUGACCGGCUCGGACUCGGGCCCAGCGCGAUGCCCGCUCAGGAGUUUGUCGGCAUCGAUGCCAACCAGCCGACGUGCGCCGAGCCCGGUGAGGAUCCGUUGGCGAUCGAGCCGCGAUCGGAACCGACGGCGGAGAUGUGGGAGGCGCCUGCGUCGACGCAGGUGGUGUACGACGACAGCAACCCUGUGACGCGCGAAGCACGUCGCACCGCGCGGGCCGCGUGCGAAAUGCUCAUUGGCUACGCACGCGCGACAUGCAUCACGCCGCGGGACCUGUGCGCACUGUUUGACAUUCGUAACCCAAUCAUCGUCGCGCGGAUGGAGCGCGCAAGCCCUGCUCUCAACCUUAACGCGUCUCCGCCACCCGCCAUGUCGCACGAGGACAUGCCACCGGCAGAGACUCCAUGUCGCCGUGGUCGCGUGCUGCCGCCGUGGAUAACGGUGCCGACCCCUGACUGGGUGGCCCAGUCUGCUCGCCGGCAGGAGCUCAUUGAUGCCGGUGCUCCAGCUGUGAUGUCAGGCUACUUGGCUGCCGCUGAGUGGAUGCGACUGUGA